AUGCAGGACCCGACAAAGGCAAAGUAUGCGGAGAGACGACGCGCCGCAUACUUACUAAGGUUGGUAGAGCUAAAGCCGCCAACGAAAGAGGAGCUAACGAAGGAGCUCCAAGCAUCAAUUGACUGCGCGAGAGCAGUCAUACCCAACUUCAAGUUGGAGCCGCCGGUAAAGGCAGCCAAGCGACAGAGAGCCUGCAACCCGAGCCUACCCACGGAAGGGUGGAAGUAUGUCAAGACAUUUGAUGACAGCGUAGCAGAAUCUGGCGUGGAGACCAAAAGGGCCACGAUGCAGAUUCUGCUGUUAUUAACGAAAGAAUCCAUCGAACCGCUGGCGAAAAGUGGCGGGGAGAUAAAUUACGGGUUCACGAAAGUAAGGACAACGCCUUACAAGUCGGACGCCGAUGCUGCAGACCAUCUGGCAUCGGGGAAAGAGUUAUGCGAAGUAGAGGAAGAUCCGAUGGAGUCCUCGAGCGACGCGGAAAGUAUGGAGCAA